GCAAAUUUUUCAUUUCCUGUGAUGAAAAAACGUACGACAUUACCUAAUUUUGAGUACAAAAGUUGUUAAAUUUUGAGUUAAAUUGUUGAAAUUUAGAAUCUUUAUGACUUAAUUAGUCGAAUGUUGUGAUUUUUCUCGUUAAAACCGCCUUGCAACACUAGAUCUCGGUCGAUGUGUAAUCAAUUGCGUGUAGCUGUGUACGUAUAGACGUAUAGAAACAUGUAACUAUUAUCCUUUCACUGGUUCACUUUCUCAGUUGUCAGUUGUAUCUUAGAGUGCCACAUGUCAGUAGUUAAAAUGACCAACAUCGAAGAUCUGCGUAAAAAUUUGGCGAAAUAUGGCCAAGAACAUCUGCUUCGUUAUUGGAGUUCGCUGACGGAUUGUGAAAAAGAAGAGCUUAUGCUGGACAUCAACGAUAUCAAUUUUGAAGCCGUUUUAUCCGAUUUUAAAAGAGCUACCGCCAAUUUGAAAGAUGAAGAAGUUAUGGAUAAAGAAAUCAAACCAGUACCUUCAUCCCUGUUUGGUGGCGUCGAUAGAUCUUCCGAAAGUGAUGUUAAAUCUCACAUUGAAGAAGGAUUACGAUUGGUGUCUCAAAGCAAAGUUGCAGUGCUAGUUUUAGCCGGAGGGCAAGGAACUCGACUCGGUGUCAGCUAUCCCAAAGGAAUGUACGAUAUGGGGUUGCCUUCCGGCAAGACGUUAUUUCAAAUCCAAGCCGAACGUAUUCGUAAAUUGACUGAACUGGCGUCUAAACGACACGGUUUCACUGGCACCAUACCCUGGUUCGUGAUGACUAGUGAAAGCACAAUGGAACCGACGUUAGAUUUCUUCAAAAAGAAUCGCUUCUUCGGUCUAGAAGAGGAAAACGUGAUAAUGUUCGAGCAAUUCAUGUUACCAGCGUUCACAUUCGACGGUAAAAUCAUCUUGGAAAACAAACACAAAAUUGCCAUGUCACCGGACGGUAACGGUGGCUUAUACAAAGCUCUGCGAGAUAAGAGAGUCUUAGACGAACUGGAACGUCGUGGAAUCGAAUACGUUCACGCGUUCAGUAUCGAUAAUAUCCUAGUUAAAGUCGGAGAUCCGGCGUUCAUCGGUUAUUGUCACGAACAGGCAGCCGAAUGCGGAGUCAAAGUGAUCGAAAAAACCGUCCCAGAAGAGCCCAUCGGAGUGGUAUGUGUGGUAAAUGAAAAAUGGCACGUAGUCGAGUACAGCGAAAUACCUGCCAAGCUAGCGGAGAAACGUGACCUCGAUGGCAGUCUUACGUUCAAAGCAGGAAACAUCUGCAAUCACGUUUUUGCGGUGAAAUUUCUGCGUAAAUUUGCUGACAAUUAUCUGAACGAUUUAGAGCUCCAUGUAGCUAAAAAGAAAAUCCCAACGAUAGACAGCUCCGGUAAACCGUACAAACCAAAAGAGACGAAUGGAAUCAAGAUGGAAAAAUUCAUCUUCGAUGUUUUCCCUUUCGCCGAUAAGUUAGUCGUAUGGGAAACUCGUCGAGAAGAGGAAUUCAGCGCUUUGAAAAAUACCGACGAAGUUGGCAAAGAUUGCCCAAAAACGGCGCGACAAAGCGUAUUCGAUUUGCAUCGAAAAUGGAUCGAAAAAAGCGGCGGCAAAUUCAUCGUCAAAGACGUUAUCUGCGAAGUUUCUCCUUUGCUUUCGUACGAAGGCGAAGGACUCGAAGAUACAGUUACAAACCAAACUUACUCUUCGCCGUUGCAUUUAAAAGCAGUUUGCGAAUAAAAUUCACCGAGUUUUUGUUUCAAACAAAACAUUGGUUUUUAAAGAAAAUUCCGCGUGAGAGAUUUUACCUCUUUUUUUGAGUUACCUUCGAAAGAGUAUAGUUUGAAAAUCGUUGUGUGAAAGUUUAACUUUGAUUGCCUCGAUGACAAUUGAUUUUCUCAAUGUUUUUUUGUUUUUAAAAAACAAUUAUCGAUUUGUAAUUAGGUUCUACGAAGUUGAUAAAUUUAAUUCGUGUAUUUUUCCUUCGUUUGUAUAAAUUUACCGAGAGUAAAAAUUUGAUUUCUUUUUUACGUACUUUGUUUGUGUGAACAAAUCUCCCAGUGAGAAAACUCGCAGUUUCUAAACCGACGUGAAAAUUAAAAUCGAUGAAACUGACUUUAAUGAAAUUGUGCAAUUUUCAAAUGUAUCAAUUUUUUAUUAAGAGAUGUUUUCAAUCAGUAUUAUUUUCUUAUUGUGAUAUGUUUUCUUAUUUUAUUCGCUAUGUUAGAAAAAUACGAUAGUUAUUUUCUUAAUUAUUAUUCGUUAAUUAUUGAUUAUGAGUUCUUGGAGAUUAUUAUUAUUUUUUUUUUUUAGAACGAACGUUGAACGUAUCUAAAUGACCACAAUUAAACUACUUAAGCUCAUAGAACCAUUUCUUUUAUAAAUUGUGAAUUGUGAUUUUUUUAUGUGUUAUGUUUAGAUUUUUUAUAAAAAUGCUCCUUCUAUGUUAAUUGAAUUAUUUUAAUUAUUAUUAUUGUUGUUUUUGGAUAGAAAAAGUUUAGUUCUUGAAAUCUUAACUUUUUGUCUGUCAAUUACAUCUUGGCUAUCUUUGGAUGCAACUAAAAAAAAAAGAAAGUAAUUUCUAAUGUAUUUUCGUAAUUUGAUUUAAAAAUCGUGUACGAAUUUUUCCUACCCCAAUAGCAGCCAAGAUAUAACUGAUGGACAGUAAAAUUGUACAAGUUUUUGCGUACAAUUUAAAUUUUUGUAUUUUUUUUAUUGGGCUAACCUUUUACUUAUUGAUGUAAAUUUUCGAUUUUAUAUCUUCUAUUUACGAAUUAUUAUAUUAGAGUUGAAUGGUUAACACGAGCUAAACGAGGGUUGAAUAAUUCUGAUGAAUUUUUGGGUACAUUGUGUAAAUUUGAUCAAAUUCGGUGUUCCUAAUUUCGGAGUUUUGGGAUAUAUUUAGAAAUUUCGAACUUAGUUCAUUAUAUUUUAUUGCACCAUAAUUUUGCUUAAUGAGCUGUUGAAAUUUGGUGAUGUAAAAGAUACAAGACAGUCAGUUAUGGGUUUCGUAUUGAAAGAUGAAAAAAUUACCAUAUCUGUGAAAAAGCAUAUCUUUUAACGCCAGAGUGAAGAACGGAAAUUUUUUUAUUCUGACCUCGUAUACCCUUUUCAGAUGACUCCUCAGUUCUCACAAAUGAAUGAAUUUUUAAUUUUAUCAUGAAACAUUUUUUUGAUACAUUUUUGAACCACCUUUAAAUUCAUGUGAAAGCAAAACGUAACAGAACUGGCACAUUAGGAAAAAAAUUUCGUUGAAGUACUCGAUAACUUCAAUUUUUGUAAUUUAGGGUUUAAUAUUUCGAAUCAUGCGAUAAACUACAAUUUAAGAAAUGAAUAUAACCUUAUACAUCUUGUAAAAAUUCAAACCAUUAUAUUGAACGAGUAUUAUAGGUUUAUCCUUAUCGUUUACUAAUUUAAUGUAUCGUUAGUUUAAUGAUUAUGAACGAAUAAAACUCGGAAUUAUUUUAUACUUAAUUAAUGAAGACUGUAAAAUAAGAAUGUGAACUAAUUAAUUUUCGUCUACACGCAUUCCAUGUUUCGAUCUGUUGUCCAAUUCACUUGUUAUAGCUUUUUUACACUGAAGUACUUUUUUUGUCAUAUCUAAUACCGUUAUUCCUCUACUAGUCUCUUCGAACACACAUACAUACCUAUUACCUACAUUAGUUGAAACUGCUGAAAUACAUUUUUUUUCAUCGUUA